AUGAUGCGAUCACUGGCUCAGAUCGACCUUGACUCCAUGUCUCUCACUGCCGUACCAUCCGAAUUCCCCUCUCUCCCUCAGCACAAGAUCCUUGAUCUUCCUCAGAAUAGCCUGACCGGUUCUUUUCCUUCUCUAGCCAACCUCACUUCUUUGCAGGAACUCCACUUUAAAAAAAACAACUUCACUAGCAUACCACCAGGCUUCUUUGUAGACCUCGCUAGUACAUUACAAGUUUUGAUCCUUAGUGAUAAUCCCUUUCUGCCUUCUUGGACAAUACCCAUUGAACUGACCCGGUUCGCAGGUCUAAGAUCAUUCUUUGUGACAGGGCAGCUUCCUGGUAUUUUUCAUUCUUUCCCUCUGGUGAAUCUGAGCCUUUCUCAAAAUAAUUUGUUUGGGUCCUUACCAGACUCUCUCAGGAUGUCUCAAAUUAAGAAUAUGUGGCUUCAUGACCAGAUGCUAUCUGGUACUAUAGAUGUGUUAUCAAACAUGACCUCUUUGGUCACAGUUGCGCUAUAUGGCAAUCAAUUUACAGGCCCCAUUCCGGAUUUUUCCAAUUGCAAGUUGUUAGAAGAGUUGCGACUAGACAACAAUCAACUCACUGGAGUUGUCCCCUUAUCCCUGGCAUUGCAUGCUAGUUUGAAAGUUGUUAACUUGACAGCCAACAAAUUACAAGGUCCUUUCCCCCUUUUAUUGCAAACUCAACUGAACGCCGGUCUUGAUGAUAAUAACUUCUGCACAAAUACGGGAACCUCUUGUGAUCCACAAGUUACAACAUUGCUCGAGAUCGCAGUUGCGUUGGGAUAUCCACUGAAGCUAUCUGAUUCUUGGAGUGGUAACGACGCAUGCAAAAGUUGGCCAUUUAUAACGUGUGACUCAGAGAAAAGCAUUAAUACGAUUAGUCUAGGGAUGCAACAUUUUGGAGGAACAAUAUCUCCUGCAUUUGUCGAUGUUCCUGGAUUGCAGUAUUUAUACCUCAAUGACAAUAACUUGACAGGUCCUAUUCCUGAUAGCUUGACAAAGUUACCCCAGCUGCAGGUCCUUGACGUUUCCAAUAAUAAUCUCUCUGGAAACAUCCCACUUUUUGAACCGUCUGUCAAAUUGCGUAUCACUGGAAAUCCUUUACUCUUUACAGGCACAAAUGGAAAAAGGGGAGUCAUAAGAGUAAUUGUCAUAAUAGCGGCAACUUUAGGGGCAAUUGCUGGAGUCUUUUAUGCCUUUCUUCUGGGAAAGAGGAUUGCUAAACACGAAGCAAGGAAGAAAAGAAGUGAAGUGGUGUAUAGAGAGGAACCAUCUUCGAAAUUUUUGCAUAAUAAUGUGCUUAGAAACAAUAAAAACUGAGUCAGGCUGCAGGAGCUUGAACUAUUCAAUUUUCAUAAACUAGCUAUAGCGACAAACAACUUUCAUCCUACCAAGAAGCUUGGCCAGGGUGGUUUUGGUCCAGUACACAGGGGAUUAUUUCCGGACGGACAAGAAAUAGCUGUCAAAAGACUUUCAAGAGCAUCAGAGCAAGGGCUAGAAGAAUUUACGAAUGAAGUGGAGGUGAUCUCCAAACUCCAGCAUCGAAACCUUGUCAAACUUCUUGGCUGCUGUGCCGAAGGGGAAGAAAAGAUGCUGGUCUAUGAAUAUAUGCCAAAUAAGAGUCUGGAUGAUUUUGUAUUUGGUAAGAGCAAACAACCAGUCCUUGAAUGGAGGAAACGCUUCAACUUUAUAGAAGGCAUUGGACGAGGUCUUCUAUACCUCCAUAGGGAUUCUGGGCUGCGGAUUAUUCAUAGAGAUCUAAAGGCAAGUAAUAUUCUUUUGGAUGAAGCUCUGCAUCCAAAAAUUUCCGACUUUGGAAUGGCAAGGAUUUUUGGAAACAAUGAACAUCAAGCCAAUACUAAGAGGGUUGUUGGAACAUAUGGUUACAUGUCUCCUGAAUAUGCAAUAGAAGGUCAAUUUUCAGAGAAAUCUGAUGCAUUUAGCUUUGGGGUAUUGCUUCUGGAGAUUAUUAGUGGAAGAAAAAACACAAGUUUUUAUAAGGACAAGCAUGAUUUAAGCCUCUUGGAACAUGCUUGGAGAUUGUGGAAUGAAGAAAACAUUUUGGCUUUGGUCGAUCCAGGGAUAUCCAUCUCCGAUCCAAGUUUUCACCUAGAAAUUUCGAGAUGCAUCCAUGUGGGACUGCUAUGUGUGCAAUACUUUGCGAAAGAUGGGCCAACCAUGUCGACAGUGACUUUGAUGCUUAGUAGUGAGAUCGAGAACCUUCCUACAACCAAGCAAUCACCAUUCAUUGAUGAGAAAACUGCCAUGGAUCGGUACUCUCAGACAAGCCAAAAAAGUUGUAACUUUGACAAUUGAUCAGGCAGCAAAACCAGCGCCUUUUCUCAUAUCAGAAAGGAGUUUUUGACAGCAAGCAUGGGAAUAUAUGGCAAUGUGUGGUGGCUUCAAGUUCCGGGUGUUUCUGCAGUCAUUCUAAGGGGACUUUCAUCUACUUUACAUUGGAAUGACUCAAGUCCCUUAUCUUCAAAGGGGCUUCCUCUUCAGCCUCUCCUUGAUGCCAAAAGGGUGUUUCAUGCUUUGGUGGUAGUCUUGUGCAGGCAAAAGCUCUAGAGGAGAAAAGAAAGUCAUAGCAGUAAAAGUGCAGUGAAGUUUCUUUUUCUGUUUUUGUUUUUGAUACAUAAUAUAUUAUGAAAUUAUUAUUAUUUAAGAAUUAUAAAUUUAAUAAAAAAAAUUUAU